UUGGUUAACAGCUGGCCGGUAGGCCUUUCAUGCCAUCUCCCAAGAUUUCCUUUCCUCCAAAGAACCUUUCGAUUUGUUCCUUGGAAUUGUUUUCGAAUUCCAAGCCAGUGCGUAGCAUUAUUUGUCCACUGGAUCUAUUUUUCUCAGAAAAAUGAUAAUUAAUUGUUCCCGUAGAAGCUGUUGCCAUGGAAAAUCUCUUAAUUAGCAGAAUCCAGUCUACAGUUCAUUCACCUCAUGGAUACACACAGAAGAAGGCGUCUCCCUUUGGAUGGUUAUCUACAUGCAUUUAUGUUACUUUCUUGAAGUUCCGCAUCGAGGCAAGGUUUCCUGUAAGCAAAAGAAGCUAUCAAUUUGUGGACAAUUUGGAGGUUUUAACCUGGUGGAGUAAGACUAUUGAGGCAACCUCUAUUUUCUUAAACCUUUUCAAAGUCAUUGCUCUCUUGGGUAGUUUUGAAAUGAAAACUCUUAAUGGCUUUUACAAUACAGGUACUUUCCUCUGUUUAGCGCUGCAGUCUUUGUGAACAUAUUCAUGAAUAUGCAUACCAACUCGUCGUACCCUUUUGCAGCAAGACGAGCGCGUUGAUCUCUCACAUUGCCGGCCGAGAGGAGAUGUUCCUCUAGACUUGGGAGUACGUAGGGGUGCCAUUGUUGUUUGACUCACUUGGCUAAAGUUUGGAAACAGGCUCAUUGUGCUCGUGGAUACUUCUGCCGAAGCAGGAACAACCGAUAAGGUGUAGACACGUGACGUCAGCUCGGAGAACUUGUCGUCAAGGAACCCAUUAGUUCUGGUCUGAUAUCAAAGGAGCCUCACAACCACACAUGGUGAGACGUCAACCAAGCAAAGGAUCUUCAGUCCAUUUAGUUGCAUGCUUUAUACAACUAAAAUAUCGUAGUGUAAUUAACCGAAUUUAUUCAGUGAUGUAGCCGAAAACUCUGGUUGAGUUUUGGGUGAACACGUAAA